ACUAAAUAUAUAUUUCAGAUAGAAUGUUACGAGUUUGUAAAGGUUGGCAGAGUACUCUGCAGAUGAGUAGAACGUUACUCUCUGCCAACCUUCACACCUCUUCUCCUGCUGCUGUUCUACAACUCAAGAUGCCCUCCCUUUCUCCAACCAUGGCUGAGGGAACUAUUGUUAAAUGGCUCAAGAAUGAGGGUGAGAAGGUUGAAGCUGGAGAUGUUGUUUGUGACAUUCAGACAGACAAGGCUGUUGUCUCCAUGGAGGUUGAUGAUGAGGGAGUUCUAGCGAAGAUUAUUAUUCCUGCAGAUUCAGGAUCUGUCAAGGUUGGAGAGCUGAUAGCGUUGGUGGCAGAGGAAGGAGAGGACUGGAAGGAGGUUGCAGCUGCUCCUCAAUCCGGAGCAGCAGGAAAAUCUAAUACAGUUGCUCCUACAACCUCAGGUGAACCUGUGAUGACCGGUGGAUCUGUACCUGGAAUAUCCUUGAAUAUGCCUAGUCUCUCCCCUACCAUGAGCGAGGGAACCAUUGUGAAAUGGUAUAAGGCGGAAGGAGACCAGAUUGGAGCUGGAGAUCUGCUCUGUGAUAUUCAGACGGAUAAAGCUGUUGUAUCAAUGGAGGCAGAUGAUGAGGGUAUCCUAGCUAAGAUUCUAGUCGCUGAGGGCUCAUCAGGAAUACCGGUUGGAACAGCUAUUGCUCUGACAGUAGAAGAAGGCCAGGAUUGGAAAGAUGUUGCUAUUCCUGCUGCAGGAGGUAUACCAGCUCCUGCCAAACAACAAGCAUCUGCUCCUGCUCCAAGCGCUACUCCUGCUCCUACUCCAGUUUCUGCUCAUCAUGAGUUUGUUCAUCCUGCUCAGACUGGUCCUGCCACUGCUCUUCUCCUCUCCCAGUACAAUAUUGAACCCAGUAAAAUCUCCGGCUCCGGACCUAAGGGUAAUAUUGUAAAGUCGGAUGUUCUAAACUAUAUUUCUGCCAACAACCUGACCGCUCAGGUUCAACAGGUUGCUCUGCCCCAGGCAGCUGGUAAAUCUCAAGCCCAGGAGACUGCGAAACCCAAAAUGAUAAAACCUAGGAGUGGAUACACAGAUACAGACCUAACUACAAUGAGAAAGGUUAUCGCUAAACGUUUAACCGACUCCAAGCAGACAGCACCACAUGGUUACAGCUCUGCAACAGCUUGCAUAGAUUCAGUGUCAAAAUUACGCCAGGAAUAUAUUAAGUCCGGAUUCAAGGUUUCCAUUAAUGAUUUUGUAAUCAAAGCUGUUGCAACAGCUCUGCUGUAUGUUCCCGAGAUGAACCUAAAUAUAGUGAAGGAUGAACCGGUUCAGAUGCCAACCAUUGACGUGAGUGUCGCUGUUGCGACCGAGGCUGGUCUUAUCACACCAAUUAUCAAGGACGCGGCCAAUAAAGCGGUUCAGCAAAUAUCCGGGGAGGUGAAGGAGCUGGCGGGACGAGCUCGUGAGAAUAAACUUAAGCUUAACGAGUUCCAGGGAGGAACCUUCACCAUAUCCAACCUUGGUAUGUUUGGAAUUACAGAGUUCACGGCGAUUAUUAAUUCUCCGCAGGCGGCAAUCCUUGCGGUUGGUGGCGGUAGGAUGGUAAUAAACCCGGAUACAAUGAAACCUGAAACCGUGAUGACAUCAACCCUUUCAUUUGAUAGAAGGUAUAUCGACGAAGCGCUAGCUGCUGAUUUUAUGACUGUAUUCCGAACCCUGAUGGAGAGACCCGAACUACUAGGAGCAGGUUUCCUACCCAGCGUUAGAACUGAUAGAUCGGCUGCUCAGAUACAAUAAUUUAUUCAUUCAGUCCUGUCUCAAUCUAUCAUUAUCAGAGCUUCGGAGUUUUUCAAAUGAACAACAGGUCUCUUUCUUAGAAAACUUCGGUUUUUAUGAGACCAAUGGUUGAGCAUUAAAAGGGUAGUAUGCUUUAUUUUGGAUUUUUAUUUUUUUUAAUUUUAAUCAUUUUUGUCUCUGAAAUAGUUCAAAUUGGAUCGGUAGGAACUCAGCAGAGCUUCAGUAAAAAUAAUGCAAACACUCCCUUAAACUUUGUUUUCAAUAAAAGCGAGGUCAACAAAUCUCGAAUAUAUUAUAGUUCUUAAAAACAAAUUAACAAGUAUCUUGUCGUUCAAAAAUAAAUAUUUCCAACUUGUC